AUGCCAUUGCCUGUAUUGAUCGUUGGAGCAGGCCUUGGAGGCAUUUGUUUAGCCCAGGCACUGAAAAAGAACAAUAUCCCAUUCAAGCUAUUUGAACAAGACGAGAAAAGCACGUUCCGCGCCCAGGGAUACAGACUAAGAAUCACCAAACAUGGCGUCGAUGCGCUGAAAGAGGCCCUGACACCCGAGCUGUUCACUCUUUUCGAGAAAACCUGCGCCGAUACACCUGCCAUUGGAGUCCGAAUCAGGCCUGAUGGAACACAUAUCCCCUCCCCUGGUGGCUUCAGACCGGCCGGUUCCCAGUCCAAGUCCUAUACAGUGGAUCGAUCGACCUUUCGCGAGGCCCUCCUAACAGGACUUGAGGGACAUGUGUUCUUCGGGAAAAGCCUCGAGCAGUACACCAUUCACCCCGACAAAGUGACGGUUUACUUUGCAGAUGGAAGUACCGAGGACGGAUCCCUGCUAGUUGGCGCUGAUGGUGUCCGCUCUCAAGUUCGCAAGCAGUACCUCCCCUCGUUCCAAGGCCUGGAUACUGGCACGCGAAUCAUCUUUGGAAAGACCCCAUCAACCCCAGAAUUCCUCGCCAAACUUGCGGAGGAAUAUCGACAUGGGAUGAGUCUUGUCCUCGACCCUGAAGAUCCGUCUCAGCCAUGCGUCCUAUUCGAGUCGAUCAACUUUCCAUACGUAAAUGAAAUCAUUGAACCGCAACUACCAGAUCCUUACAUGUACUGGGUACUCUGCACACAAAGCUCACAAAUCCCCAUCUCCCGAGAGAAAUCGUGGCAUAUAAACCCGCAAGAAUCAGCAGAUCUCUCACGCAAGCUUACCAGCUCUUGGAACCCAUCACUCCGAGCUAUCUUCGACAUGCAGGACUCGAGUCAAUCGGCCAUUCGCUCGAUCCUGUCCGCUAUGCCGGAGAUCGCACCUUGGGAGCCUUCUAGCCGAGUUACUCUGCUUGGUGAUGCCAUUCAUGUUAUGCCUCCGACGGGAGCGAUGGGCGCUAAUACUGCGUUGCGAGAUGCAGCCGAUCUCGCACGCCGAAUUGCAACGGCUGGGGGCGUUGAAGGGGUAGAUGAGGUGGUAGUUGGAGAUUAUGAAGCGAACUUGCGUGGCUUUGCUAAAACCGCGAUUGAGCUGAGUUGGCAAGGUGGUAUGAAGAGCUUUGGGUUGAAGCCGGUCGAGCAGUGUGAGAGGAUCAUACUGUGA